AUAUGUAAUUAUAAAGAUAGGGCGGAUACUUGUCCCAUUUAGUUGAAUUAAAUCGGAAAAUUCGGAUAGGCUGGUUUACAACAGUGUUUUGAACCAUACUGAGAGGAUAGUUUUAAUUUGUUCUUCAUUUUCUACGAAGUGAAAUUGUUUUCAACAUCAGUUUGUUACGCUGAGAAAAUACUAUUGAAUGACUGGAUUUUCUACUUGUAUUUUCUAAAUAACGUGCGUUAAUACACAGGAACAAUGAUGCAUCAUCUGCCAUUAAGUUUUUACUACACGCCGGAACAGCUUAAGUCCUUUUACAACUCGGAACAACUUAAAUUGUUGUAUGGAAGUGAACAUCUUAAGGCAGCUUAUGGACAAGAACAAUUGAAAGCACUUUAUAAUCAUGAACAGUUGAAGACUCUUUGCAACGCAGAGCAACAACUGAAGAGUCUGUGUAACCAGGAGCAGCUCAAGUCAUUGCCAGGGAGUCCAGAGAGUAUAAAACCCAUGCCGACAUCUCCACUACUGCCUGGGAGUCCACCAUCAACAUCUGGAUCAUCGCUGUUCUCAAUAGACAAUAUACUGUCACAGAACCGUCCUCUGCUGGCGCACAGACCAACACCAACCUACCCUUACCCGUACCCUCCAAUGCCACAUCUAGCUCCAGAAAUGUUUGCUGCAGCCUACCACCCCCUGCAAAGCUUUUUGAACCCUAUGGAUUUAAUGAGAGCCGGUCAGAAACGGAAGCGACGCCACAGGACGAUAUUCACAGAGGAGCAGCUAGAAGAACUAGAAAACACGUUCAACAAGACGCAUUACCCAGAUGUUUUACUGAGAGAGGAACUUGCGAUGAAGGUUGACCUGAAGGAGGAAAGAGUUGAGGUCUGGUUCAAAAACAGACGAGCAAAAUGGCGUAAAACGAAACGUGAGGAAGAAGCUGCCAGACGUUCUGAUGAUUUAAAAAGGAAAGCACAGCAGACGACAACUGAAUCUUCCUUAAAAGACUCAAAUGAGCGCCUAUGUGUUGAUGUUUGUGAUGACAAAGAGUCUAUGUCAGAUAAUGAGCUAAGAGCCGCAUCAGAACUUUCUUACUCUUCUAAAGAUAACAGAAAUGACAGUUUUUGUGAAAGUGACGUUUCAUGUCCAUCUAGUCCAGUAGAUAUUACCUAUAACACCGUUUCCGGUGAUGAACAAGAACUGCCGCAUGAUAGGUCACGCGAGGGGUCAUCAUGACAUUCUAGUUAAAGAUGUUGAUAUUUAUUUAUUCUGCCAUAAGAAUAUUAGUCAAAUAUCUUAUUGGCUUUAAGUGACUAAAUGUUACUCGGAUCGUCAGACGAAGUUUUCAAGUGCUUAAACCUUCAUGCAGUGGAGUCCUGAAAAAACUUUUACUCGAUAAAUCAAGUUGGAAGAGACCUGUUCAUAUAACGUUCAGUCGGCGGUUUGUGAUAUGUACAUAAGAAUAUAUAAUAUAGAUUUUGCGGGUUGACAUAUGUGAAUUUACAAUUUAUGCCUACAUAUGUAAAGUUUUCUUUUUAUUAUAUUGUUUCCUUGAAAGACCUGACAUAAAGUGGAUAUCUGCAUAAUACUCAUUAAAAUGUUUACAUGAAA